CGUUAGCGUGUCCCGUGACCAGCUCACGUGAAUUUCGACGAAAAUUCAAACCCAAGACGACGAAAGUAACACCAGCUCUCCGCUGGUCCAUCCCAUCAUGGACAUCCUGGAGCAGCAUCUUGAUCAACAGGACGUCAGUCCCACAAGUCCUAAGGAAGAGAAUACCCAGGGAAUUGCCAUUGAGGACACGGAGAUCGCCGACUGUGACAAUGGUGAGCAAGUGACAGAAGAUGGGCUGCGGUAUCCCACGGAAACUCUUGCCUACAGAGUUGUUCAUGUAAAUGGUGCACCUAAUAGUGAACUCGAACUACCUACAAGCCAAGCUCCACUGCAAGUAUUGACUUCACCAAUAAAUGGUCAAUUUUACGUCAUUGGAAGUGCGAACGAUGUCUUCACAACUGCCCAAACAUCAGGAUCUAUUAUUACACCCAAAACAACGGCUACUCUACAGAUAGAAACGACACCUCGCACAAAUACGACUGGUUUGAAAAAGAGGGAUGACAGGCGGAGAGCUACUCAUAACGAGGUUGAACGUCGACGUCGUGAUAAAAUCAAUAACUGGAUAGCAAAGCUUGGUAAAAUUAUUCCCGACUGCAGUUUACCAACGAACGGCAGCAGUGGAGAAGGGAGUAGUAAAUCCAAUUACGAAACACAGAGUAAAGGUGGGAUUUUAGCCAAAGCAUGUGAGUACAUAACAGAGCUGAGAACUGCUAAUCAAUCUAUGAGUUCAUGCGUGCGUGAAAACGAGAAGCUCCUUGAAGAAAACGAGACCCUAAAACAGGUAAUUACUCAGCUCAAGCGAGAAAAUGCCCAUCUCAAAUCGCAAUUGCCAACAGCUCGGGAAGUCAAUGCAGACGUACACAUACUUCCUUAAUCUAUCCAACUAGUAUUGAAUUUCUUCUUUUUAUGUACAUAAUUGAUCUUCUUUUUAAAUUAAUUUUAUUUUUAAAAAAAAUGACUUGUUUGAAAAACUUCUAAAUGAACAAUUCAACCGAUUUUAUGACUGUGCAUAGCAUUUUAAAGAAGCUCUAUUUUUAGAUAAGAACGGGAGUUGCCUUAUAACAUUGAGAAUUUGUAAUAAAAUUUUCAUUAUUAUUUUUAAUGGUAAUUUAACGUAUGUUUUUGUAAAUAAUUAGUAUA